ACAGAUCAGUUUAUAUUUAUCGUUGAAUAAUUUUACUUCCUGGUUUUGUGACGGGAAAAUUGCCAAAAUCAGUUAUGCAGUUAAAACUUGUUAACCAAUGGCUGUUCAAAGAAUGCGAAUUGUUAUAUAUAAUGGCAUAUUUAGUCACAUUGUUGUGACUGUGGAAAAUGAUAGUAUUGAUAAUUGCAAAUGUCUGUUUAACUAGACAUUCUUUAGUUUAAAUAAACAGUAAUUUGUCAAAUAGAAAGCAAAUAAUGGCCACUGGUGGUUCAUCUAUUUACAAGGGAUCUGACCUGAUUCAUGACUACAGUUGUUCAAAGUGUGAGGAAAGUGAUCUUAAUACUGAAGCCACACACUUUUGUCCACAGUGUGAACACUAUCUGUGUGACAAGUGUGUUAAUUUACACAACGGAUAUCAUACCAAACAUACGGUAUACGGCCGCGGAGACAUUCAGAAGUGGGUGGGGUUCUCCUUCGACAGAUGUGAUGUUCAUGGUGACAAGCUGAAGGUCCACUGUGAUGACCACCAGGAACUUUGCUGCAGUGUCUGUGUGGCUCUUAACCAUAGGCUGUGUAGCAGCAUCAGUCACCUGCCUGACCUGGCUAUGUUCUUUCUGAACACAGCAGAGUUCAUGCAGCUGCCGGAAGCAGUAGACAAUGUAAGGUGUAGACUGGACAAGCUCACAAAUGCAAUGAUUAAGGACCAAGUCUCACUGAAGGACUCGUACAAGAACACCAUUGCUGAAAUCAAGGCUUUCCGCAAAGAGAUAAACACAAUCCUAGACAAGCUUGAGAAGAAGACAGUUGAACAGUUAGAUAGGCUGAUGAAAGAUUUGAAAAAGACUAUCAAAGAUGAUAUAGAAUAUUGUGCUAAUAUAAAUGAACAACUCAAGACCAUGAUGGAAAAACUCCAGCAGAUAACUGGUAAAGACAAGGAGACCAAUUCUUACAUUGGAUUCAGGAUAUGUCAGACCAAGCUGAGUGAAGCCAAGAGCACCAUAGAUGAAAAACAGAAAAUACCAACAAAAAGAAUAAGCUUCAUAUCUAAUGAAACUGUUUUGCCAUUUUUCAGAAACCUGAACAGUCUUGGCAAUGUUGACAGUAUUAUUUUCAUGCCAAUACGAACAGCUUGUGAUCACGUGUACAAGGCGCAGGGAUCAAGUCGUUAUUCUGUUAAAAUAAAGAAGGAUGAAGAAGAAUAUAUUAUUGUAGGUAUAAGUGAGUUGCCAAGUGGAGAGGUGGUUAUUGCUGAUCAAAACAACAGCAGGUUGAAGCUUCUGAAUAACCAAUACCAAGUCAUUGAUUACUGUGAUCUACCUGAUUAUCCUGAACACAUGUGUCUCACUGAAAGUCAAGAAAUACUUGUAGCUGUAGAUAAUUUGGCGAAUGUGCAUGAGAUCCAUUUCUUCUCGGUGAACAGAGGGAAGGUACAGACAGUGAGAAAGUUUACGUCAAACCACAGCUGCUUCUCUAUUGCCCACCACAAGGGCAAGCUGUAUGUGGGUGGCAGUAAUUCUCUGUUCCAGUACACCAUGGAUGGAAAACUUGUAAAGGAGAUUUAUAAAAACUUUGCUGCUCCUGGUCAUACACUGUGCAAAUGUGCUGUUAGUCCAGAUGGGGAGAGAAUUUAUGUAACAAGUUAUGGUAAACCUCAAUUAACAACACUGGAUAAAGGUGGUCAAGUGCUGUCAACAUUUGAUGAUCCUGAACUGAAUGGGCCUUGUGGACUGUGUGUCAGCCCCAGUGGCCAUGUGUUUAUAUUUGAGCGUAACUCUCACACUGUGCUACAGGUGGACAGAGAGGGGCGAAAGAAGCUGGCCACAGUGGCCAGGAAGACUGAUGGCUUGUAUUUUCCUUUGGCAGUGUGCUUCAGUGAACAAACCUCCUGCCUCAUUGUUGGAAGAAAAUAUAGGAAGUAUAUCAUUGUUUUCAAGAUGUUUAAACAGUGAGGACCAUUUAGUUAGGGUGACAUUGUUUUUAAUGCAAUUUGCAUAAUUUACAGUGCUGACUUAUAAAAUGAAUUGUUUCUAUAUUAUAAGCAUUCAUGUGUGUCAUGUUUUAUAUGUAUAGUAAGUUUAAGCAAUGAAGUGAUAAUUAAACGGGUCAAAAAAAUAUGAUUUAAAAAGGUUUACAGUAGCAUAUUAGAGUUGAAAUAUUAAAUUUCUGCUUGUCUUUUCUUCAGUUCUUGGUGAUUUGUAAAGAUAUACUGUAAAGAUCUAGAGAGGUUUCUACGAUGAAUAGUGUUAUCUUAUAAUAAGAUAUUUUUAUUACAUGUUUUAGUUUUAAAAAAAACAUUCAUGGUUUAUUAGGAAAUUGUUUAAUCUACUGAUAUAAGGAACUCAAUGGAAAAGUGGAACAAUUUUGGCCUGUCCCAUGCAGUUUUAAUUGUAUUUUAUUCUAUUGUAUUCGUAAUUAUUAAUUCUUUCAAAAUGAUAUUUUUAUUGUGUUGUCUUAAUUAUUUUCAUUUUCUUUUACAAGACAACAUAACUUCAUCUGAUAAACAUUCUAAUAAAUUCUUC